CGUGACCAUCCAGACUGACGUGGAAAAACGCGUAAAAUUGAUCUGGACUAACUACAGCCUCUAGGAUAUACAAAUUUGCCCUAAUCGGGUGAAGAUCACCUUGUGUCUAGCUUGCAGCCCCGUCUGAAUAUUGUUCCCUCUCCACUCGACUGCUCCAGUGGCGGAAAAGCAUUGUGUGUGUGUUUUGUAUGUGUUUGUGUCUAUCCGUCUGUGUGUGUGUGUGUGUGAGAGAGAGAGAGAGCACGGCUACAGCCUCUUAGCUCAACUCCAUUUCCCAGGUCAGACGAUACCAAGAAAAGGGGAAAAAAGCUAUCAGCCAUUGCAAAAGGAGGAUUGUUAUUUUCUCUCUCUGUGUCACCCCUCUUUCCCCUCCCCCUGCAAACUCAAAAAAGAAAGAUUGCGGAAUACUUCUCGCUUCGUUGGGCGAUGGAUCAGACGUACGGAGAGGUCAACCAGCUGGGGGGCGUCUUCGUGAACGGGAGACCUCUGCCCAACGCCAUCCGCCUGCGGAUAGUGGAACUGGCUCAGUUGGGCAUUCGGCCGUGUGAUAUCAGCCGCCAGUUGCGGGUCUCCCACGGCUGCGUGAGCAAGAUCUUGGCCCGGUACAACGAGACGGGCUCCAUCCUGCCGGGAGCUAUAGGAGGCAGCAAGCCCAGGGUCACCACCCCGACCGUGGUGAAGUACAUCAGGGAAUACAAACAGGGAGACCCGGGCAUCUUCGCCUGGGAGAUCCGGGACCGGCUGCUGGCGGACGCGGUCUGUGACAAGUACAACGUGCCCUCGGUCAGUUCCAUCAGCAGGAUCCUUCGCAACAAGAUCGGCAACCUGUCCUCCACCUCCGGUCACUACGAAGCCCACAAGCAACUGACCCCCCAGGCCGCUCUGCCUUACAACCCUCUCUAUCAGUACUCCUACCCCGGGCACAUGUCCCCGGCCGCUACCAAGGUGGGCAGCUCCGCCGGCGUCCCGGUGCCCGGCCACGUUGGCAUCCACAGGACCUGGCCGUCCGCUCACUCCGUCACCAACAUCCUCGGGCUCAGAAGCAUCGUCGAGCAGACAGCCGUUCACGGUGGAACGGAGACUUCCGUCUAUCAGACCAAAAUGGAAGACUGGAACAACGUCAAUCGGGCUGCUUUCUCAUCAACUCAAAGUGUCAACGGGAUUGAGAAGCAGGCGAUAGACCCGGAUCUCAAAUACCCUCAGCCUCCGUCUGGCUUGCCAGCUGUGAGCAGCUUUGUUCCUGCAUGCGCCGUGGGCCCUUACCCCUCGUCCAACCAAGUGCCGGGUUAUGGAGUAUACAGUGGCCCUGGAGCCGGCUACAUGAGUGGACAUCACUGGCAGUCCCAGAGCAGCGGCCUCUCCCAGUCGGCAGGGCCCGGGAUUACCAUGCACGGAGGAGACAUUCACGCACCAAUGCCCUUCAAACACCUCUCAGCCAGAGAAGGUGGAUGCAGGAACAGAAAUGUAGUUCAGGAGUGAAGAGGUAAUCUGACUUGGAAAGGCCAGGAGGCGAAAAAUGACAGAAAUCCCCCAUUGGACUUUGCGUGGGUGUCGGACACUGGCAGUGCGGUGCAAAGUCCGAUUUCAUCAGAUCAUCAGAAUAAAGCAAACAGUUCAGCCCAUACUUCCUCCAAUAUUUAAACUGACCUAGUUGUGGAGAAAAGUUCUGCACCAAGCUCCCACAGCCUGGAGUGUCAGUUGCAAAAUUCUCUUUUUCCAAAAGGUUUGUUGCCCUGCGCAGUUGCUUGUCUGAGACCAUUACGGCCAUGUUACAGUGCCCUUCAUAAGACAGAGCUCGCAAGGUGUAUUAUGAGUUUGACAGUCAUGCACAUCUGAAACCACUUUGCAUCAACACAAAAGCCAGAAAUGUAAUGGCAGAGUAAGUGGAUCAUUCCCGCGCUGUUGCCACCCAUCAAUACUUUGACACCAAAGCAGACAGAUGGGUCGAAGGAAAUUUGCCUCCUCCAGUCAAGGGGGAAAAAAAAAUCAGCAUCCAGUUGGAACGUUGGAAAAGUAUUGCACCUUAGCUUGCAACUCAAAUUCCCAAAAAGAAAAUUAACCUUUAAUUCCAGGAAAGUAAUUCACAAUAAAAUGCUCCAUGACAAUUUUGUAUCUUAAUAGCUCUUAUUAUGCACUUGCGAAUUACGCAUUUGUGACAUGUUUUCUUGCUGGCUUUUUUUUUUGUAAUUUGAGGGACUACACAAGAAGGCUGUACUUUAUACAGGAGGAUUUAUAAACUGACCAAUGCAGCACCUCUGGUUCAGAGUGGCUAAAGUGAAGAAAACAAAAAUUAAAAUCAGAACCUGCAUAUUUGAUCGACAUAAUGUUUGAACAGAAAUAAGAAACAUUCCCACAUUAAAUAAUUGCAUAUUUGCUAUAUUUUUGUUGUAUUUAUUACAUGCUGAAUCUAGAGUCAGUAAUCAGCUUCUUAAAACUGAGCUUUUCUAAAUAAGAUGUUCCCUUAUGGUAAUGCAAUAAGUAAUGGUUCUAAAAUAAUUUUCCGCCAGAAUUUUAUUGCUAAAAUAAUUAAUAAUCCAAGCGUUUCAAACAUGUAAAAGUUGUCUUGUCUAUUCCUCUCUCAGCUUUAAAAACUCAAUUUCCAAUGAAACAAAAAGACUUGCAUUUAUGUAGCACUUUUCAUGACCAGUAUUCAAAAUAUUUUAUUGCCAAUGAAAUUCCUUUGAAAUGUAAUCAUUAUUAUUGUCGAAAAUCUAGCAGCCAAUUUGUACUCAAUAAGCUUUGUCAAAUGACAAUGUGAUGGCAACGAGACGAUAUUUGAAACCUUUCCCCCUCAGUCAGAAGAAACGAACAUUUCUGUUUGCAAGUUCAAAGGCCAAUCGCAUACAGUUAUAGAGUCAUAGAGAUGUACAGCAUGGAAACAGACCCUUCGGUCCAACCCGUCCAUGCCGACCAGA